CGUAAAUCACAGUAAUGACAAUCAUGGAGGUUGGUUGAGAAUCACAGUAUUAUGUGAAAUUGCUGUUGAUAUAUUGGAGGUAGCCACAAGCUGUGUUCUUCACUUGGUCAUGAAGUUUUUAUUCUCUGAAAAUUUAGCCAGGGGAUAUGGUGGCAACCUUAUGCCAUGGGCAGCUUGAAAUCAAUAUGGGAUGAUGACGCAGAACAGACUUGGCCAAAAAUAUGGGUAGACGAGAAUGACAUUUCUAACGUGAAAACAUUUUCAAAUUCACAGCCUCCUAGAGUCCCACUGUCCCAGGUAAGAAAAAAUUGUUGAUACACACUCUGGAAAAACUUAUUGAAGAGAUUAUGUGAUUACAUAGGUACGCCCAAGAAUAUAUCUAGGAAAGGAAAUUUGCUUAUAUGGCAGAUGAAUGUACUUUCUGCUGUCUUCAUAUUGAAGCUGAGUGAUGAAAAAAAAGUAAUCAGUUACAGUGAUCACUCUCCAUAUGACGGGGACCUUCAUUUGCAGGCCUCUCCAAGAUUAGGGUAGGCAAAUGUGAAAUUAAGACCUUAGACUGCUCCCUUGGACCUUUUUAUACUUGGCAAAAUAGUGAAAGCUGAAAAGGGUGAUGAAAGCUUUAAUGAAAGCAAUAAUUUCGGUGUGUUGGGAUCAAAGAUAAAUACUCUCUGUACUCAAACUCACAUACACACAAUAAGUUAAAGAAGUUAGCUAGCCUCAAUUAUAGGUUUGAACGUACAAUUGUUUUUUUUCUUUCUUUUCCCUUUUGUUCUUUCUUCUUCUUCUCCUCUUUUUAGGCGGUUGGGAGUGGUGGACAAACAAUUAAAGAGAGAGAAAUUAGUCCUAUUUUUGAUCUAUUUUCCCCAAUUAUUGGAACCUCCAAACCAUGCCAAAACUUGUGGGUUUAAUGAAAGAAAAUUAUUAGUGAAAGAAAGUGGGAUAAAAAUGCAGUGGUCUUGAGUCUGCUGAAUACUGAAGCUAGUGCUAAUCUUGCUAGAAGGCAUUGGCUUCGCUAAAUCACAGUAAUGAGAAACUACUAGUUUGCUUUGGCUUAGACGUUAAGCCCCAUUACCACUGUUUUUCAAGCACCCUUAGCUAUUAUUACCACAUUCUCUAAAUCCGCUGGAAUAAGACCUCUGUGAUCGAAGUUUGGCCAGCCAUGCCAUUCAUUUCUCUCCAAUUUUCUACAACGGACCAAGAAAUUCAGUGCCAUAAUCAGUCUUGAUCCUCAGUUAUUGGAGUGGAGCGUUGUUCAGUUUGUUGUUCAGACCCCAUAUUUAAUUUGGGAUAGUGAGAGUUGGCAGAAACAGAAAAAAAUCUCUCUGUCUCUCUACAUAUUAUACCCUAAACCUGGAACUACAAUCUUCAUUAUCCUUAUGAGUGUCAUGGAUUUUGUUUCCACUGCAAUAGCAUUAAGUUUAGCAGUAACUUUAGCUACGCUUGUGAUUAGACACCAUGCCGGAAGAUUGCGUGCGAAGAAAAAAAGUUACCAUCCUGUUGCUGGAACUGUCUUGAACCAACUCUUCAACUUUCCUAGGCUGCAUCAUUACAUGACUGAGCUUGCAUGCAGAUACAAAACUUACAGAUUGCUUGACUUGUCCAGAAGUGCAGUUUACACCGUAGAUCCUGCAAAUGUGGAAUACAUGCUCAAAACAAACUUUGCAAAUUACGGAAAGGGGUUAUACAUGCAUAGCAUUUUGUCAGAUGUUCUCGGUAAUGGGAUCUUUGCUGUGGAUGGGGGAAAAUGGCGCCAUCAGAGGAAGGCAUUGAGUUCCGAAUUUUCAACCAAAAUGCUGAGAGACUUCAGCAGUGCAGUCUUCAAACUUGGUGCAGUUAAACUUGCUCGCGUAAUUGCAACCUGUGACCAAGCAAUAGAGAUCCAAGAUUUGUUGAUGAAAUCAUCCUUGGAUUCAAUCAUUAAGAUUCUACUUGGUAUCGAGCUAGACAGCCUGAGUGGAACAAAUGAAGAAGGUAACCGGUUUUCCAUUGCUUUUGAUCAAGCAAACGAAACUACCAUGUUUCGGUUUGUUGAUAUCUUCUGGAAGAUCAAACGGUUCUUAAACAUCGGUAGGGAAGCAGUGCUAAGGGAAAAUAGUAGUGUGAUAGAUCAAUUUGUGUACAAAUUAAUCAAAAGCAAGAUUGAGAUAAUGCAUCAUUUAGAAGACAAACAAUCUUUAAUAACGAAAAGAGACUUUGUUUCAAGACUUUUGGAUUCGAAUGAGACUGAUCCAAAGUACUUAAGAGACAUGGUCCUCAGUUUUAUGGUUGCUGGAAAAGACUCACUGGCUGUCACUCCUUCAUGGUUUCUUUAUAUGAUGUGCAAGCAUCUUCAAAUACAAGAAAAGAUUGCACAGGAAGUUAGAGAAGUAAUAAAUCUGAAAGACAAUUCAAGUGUUGAUGAGCUUGCAGCAAGCCUUACUGAUGAAGCCCUUAAGAAAAUGCAAUAUCUCCAUGCGGCUUUGACUGAAACAAUCAGACUUUAUCCUGCAGUUCCAAUGGAUGCGAAAAUGUGUUUUUCUGAUGAUACUUGGCCAGAUGGGUUAAGUGUCAAAAAAGGGGAUGUGAUUGUUUACCAACCUUAUGCAAUGGGCCGGAUGAAAUUUUUAUGGGGUGAUGAUGCAGAAGAGUUUCGGCCAGAGAGAUGGCUCGACAAAAACGGCCAAUUCCAGGAUGAAAGCCCAUUUAAAUUCACAGCCUUCCAGGCUGGUCCAAGAAUUUGUCCAGGACAGGAACAUGCGUAUAUGUAUAUGAAGAUCUUUUCUGCUGUGCUUUUAGGCAGCUAUAUAUUUAAGCUAGCUGAUGAGACGAAAGUGGUCAACUACAAGACGAUGGUCAGCCUCCAAAUUGAUGGGGGACUUUAUUUACAUGCCACCCCAAGAUCAGGGAAUGGAAGACCUUAUAUCCCAUGCUCUAAACAUCUUUCGCGUCUUCACUAUAUAAACUCCCUGGCGUAGUAUUGUUGCAAUGCCUGAUUAGUUAUAAUCUAUAGUGUAUGUUGUUUGAAUUCUCCCUUGUAAUUGAAGUUUCUAAGAAUCAUGUAAGACAUUUGGAACAUGUUUCAAUUGCAGUAAAUCUAUUCUUUG